GAUACUUCUCCUUCUCCGAUUCUACAAUGCAUUUCUUACGAUGUCGGAAUUAAACUCUUGAUAGGCGAGCUGGGUGGUGGAAGAUAAAAUUCUGUGAAUGACUGUUCCGUUAGAUUCUCGAUAAGUUCAUAAAGAUGGAAGAAGAUGAUGAGAAUAAGUUCCCAAAAGCCUCUGAUGGACACCUCCAUGCUGCUGAGAAGCCUAAUGUGGUAGAGAAUAGAAUAGAUGAAUUUGAUUUAGGGGAUUCUACUUUUCUUGUCGAUGAACAUGCUCUGGUAGGAGUGGAUGAUGCAGAUCUACAGGGGAUUAGUUCAGUUGAUGCAGUCCUCAAGGAUGACCAUUUUGAACAGGUUUCUCUCGGAGAUCAAGAUAGUUCAGCAACGAGUCUGGAUUCUUUCUACCAUCAAGAAUCUGGAUAUCCUGUGGUUCAGUCCCCACAGAGGCCUAAACCAAAGGCUACAAUGCCAAACGUUUCUCCUGAGUUAUUGCAUCUAGUUGAUUCAGCCAUCAUGGGUAAGCCUGAGAGCUUAGACAAACUCAAGAAUAUUGUUAGCGGUGUUGAGAGUUUUGGGUCUGGAGAGGAUUCAGAGUCUAUUGCUUUUCUUGUCAUCGAUUCGCUUCUUGCGACAAUGGGUGGAGUAGAGAGCUUUGAAGAAGAUGAAGAUAGCAACCCUCCUAGUGUCAUGUUAAACUCUCGUGCUGCCAUUGUUGCUGGCGAGCUUAUUCCUUGCCUACCUUGUUCUGGUGACAGUGUCAGUUUCAUGUCCCCUAGGACCCGCAUGGUUCGAGGAUUGCUAGCAAUUUUACGUUCUUGCACAAGAAACAGAGCUAUGUGUUCGAUGGCGGGUUUAUUAUGUGUUCUCUUGCGAUCAGUCGAGGAGAUAGUAUCCAAGGACGCCACUAUGAUGUGGAAUGGAACAGUUUUGUUUCACUGUAUUCAACAUUUAGCCGGGCACUCUCUUAGUGUUGACGAUUUGUAUAGAUGUCUUCAUGUUAUCAAAAAGUCUCUUCCAACAGUGUGGUCAAGUCCAUUGAUAGAUGCCUUGGAGAAGGCAAUGAAUGGAAAGGAAUCAAGAGGACCUGCGUGUAGCUUUGAGUUUGUUGGUGAAAGCUCAGGUUUACUUGGUCCAGGAGAAAGUCGCUGGCCUUUUACCAAUGGCUAUGCAUUUGCAACUUGGAUUUAUAUUGAAUCAUUUGCUGACACAUUAGAUGCUUCAACCGCGGCAGCUGCAAUUGCUGCUGCUUCAGCGGCCAAAUCAGGAAAAACGUCCAAUGCAGCGCCUGCGAAUGUACACACUGGUGAGGGUACUGCUCAUAUGCCUCGUCUGUUCAGCUUUUUGACCCCUGAUAAUCAAGGAAUUGAAGCUUAUUUCUAUGCACAAUUUUUGGUGGUUGAGAGUGGCAGUGGAAAAGGAAGUAAAACUUCACUUCAUUUCACUCAUGCAUUUAAGCCUCAGUGUUGGUACUUUAUUGGCCUUGAGCAUACCUGCAAUCAGGGACUUUUAGGGAAUUCAGAUAGUGAAUUGCGGCUAUAUAUUGACGGGUCCUUGUAUGAAACUCGACCGUUUGAAUAUCCUCGGAUAUCCAAACCGCUUUCUUUCUGUUGCAUAGGGUCAAAUUCUCCUUCUACAACUGCUGGUCUACAACGUCGUCGACGUCCGUGUGCUUUGUUUGCUGAGAUGGGACCAGUUUAUAUAUUUAAAGAACCGAUUGGUCCUGAAAGAAUGACACGAUUGGCAACUAGAGGUGGGGAUGUUUUGCCUUGUUUUGGCAAUGGGGCAGGUCUUCCGUGGUUAGCUACAAAUGACCAUGUCCGUAAUGUGGCAGAGGAAAGUAGCCUUUCGGAUGUAGAGCUUGGAGGAUACAUUCACCUACUUUACCACCCAUGUCUACUAAGUGGGCGGUUCUGUCCAGAUGCUUCUCUUUCUGGAGCAGCAGGCACACAAAGACGACCAGCUGAGGUAAUUGGACAAGUCCAUGUUGCAACGAGAAUGAAGUCAGUGGAGUCCUUCUGGGCCUUAGCUUAUGGAGGACCCAUGUCUUUGCUUCCUCUAACCGUAAGCAGUGUGCACAAAGAUAGUCUGGAGCCAUGUUCUAGAAAUGUUCCAUCUUCUUUGACAACAUAUACUCUUGCUGCACCUAUAUUUAGAAUGAUCUCAGUAGCUAUUCAACAUCCUGGGAACAAUGAAGAGUUAUCUCGUACCCGGGGGCCUGAAAUUCUGGCCACAAUUCUCGGUUACCUUCUUCAUUCACUUGCAUCCCUUGAUCUCAAGCAUGAUAGAGUAGGAGACGAGGAACUAGUUGCUGCCAUUGUUUCUCUUUGCCAAUCCCAAAAGAUCAAUCAUGCUCUUAAAGUGCAGCUCUUCCGUACACUAUUGUUGGAUCUGAAGAUAUGGAGUGUGUGCAAUUACAGACUCCAAAAGAAGCUGUUGUCAUCUCUUCAAGAUAUGGUUUUCACUGAAGCAACAGCUAUGAGGAAUGCUGAUGCCAUUCAGGUACUUCUGGAUGGAUGUCGAAGAUAUUUCUGGACAAUUCAAGAGAAAGACUCUGUGAACACUUUUUCUCUACAUGGGGAUGCACGUCAAGUGGGGGAAGUUAAUGCAUUGGUUGAUGAGCUUUUGGUGAUUAUUGAACUUCUAAUGGGAGCAGCAUCUCCUUCGUUUGCUUCUGAUGAUCUCCAUCGAUUACUUGGCUUUAUAAUUGACAGUCCACAACCAAAUCAGGUUGCAAGGGUAUUGCAUCUCAUGUUUAGGUUGGUUGUACAGCCAAAUGCUGCAAAGGCUCAGACAUUUGCAGAGGCAUUUAUCACAUCUGGUGGGAUAGAAACACUUCUUGUUCUGCUGCAGAGAGAAGCUAAAACUGGUGAGGACGACGUCGCAGAUUCUGUAGCUAAGGGUGAAACAAACAUGCCGACUUAUCAUAGUGAACAGAGUCAUCACAAUGGGCCUGGUUUAUUAAAGCAGUUGGAUUCAAUUCCACAAGAUAAUGAGAGUGACCCUCAUACUCAUGAUGAUAAUGUAGGAUCUUUGAAGGAAACAGAGUCAGUUCAACAAGAAAAAGCGCAUGGAUCCGCAACUGUCAUUUGUGAUAGUGACUCAGUUACCAUCUCUAAUUCCAUGAAUGCUGGCAGAAUAUCCUCUGUUUCUGAAACUUCAUUCAAUAAUAAUGCAAGAAACAAUGUUGACGAUAGAGAUCGUGUCAUGGUUGGGAUCAUCAGAUUGAUUGGUGCGUUGAUUUCAAAAGGGCACUUAAAAUUUUCCGUUGGUGCCAAAUCUGAUGUAAUGAGUAACCUCAUGGGUAGUGAGUUUCAUGAAAAUGGUGGAACAAUGUUUGAUGAUAAAGUCGCAUUGCUUCUAUUUGCUCUGCUGAAAGCAUUUCAAGCAGCUCCAAACAGAUUGAUGACCGACAAUGUCUACACAACUUUGCUUGGGGCCUCGGUUAAUGCUUCAUCAACUGAGGAUGGCCUGAACUUUUGUGAUUUAGGUCAUCGCUUUGAACAUCCUCAACUUCUGUUAAUCCUCCUGCGUUCUCUACCAUUUGCAUCUAAGGCACUACAAAAUCGAGCACUUCAGGAUAUUCUAUUUUUGGCUUGUAGCCAUCCAGAAAAUAGGAGCAGUCUGACCAAAAUGGAAGAGUGGCCUGAGUGGAUCUUGGAGAUUUUGAUCUCAAACUACGAGAAGGAUGCAGGGAAACAAUCUUCUUCACCUGGUUCUGCUGAAGUGGAAGAUCUGAUUCAUAACUUCUUGAUCAUAAUGUUGGAACAUUCGAUGCGCCAGAAGGAUGGCUGGAAGGAUAUUGAGGCUACAAUUCAUUGUGCAGAGUGGCUUUCUAUUGUUGGUGGGUCUAGCACUGGGGAGAAACGAAUUAGGCGUGAGGAAUCACUGCCAAUUUUCAAGAGAAGGCUUUUAGGUGGAUUGCUAGACUUUGCUGCCAGUGAACUGCAAGCUCAGACUCAAGUUAUCGCUGCAGCAUCUGCUGGUUUCGCGGCAGAGAGUCUAACACCAAAAGAUGCAAAAGCGGGAGUAGAAAAUGCUGCACUGCUUUCAGUGUUUCUUGUGGAAAAUACAGUUGUGAUUUUGAUGCUUGUCGAAGAUCAUUUGCGACUACAAAGCAAGCAAAAUUGUGCUGCAAGCGCAGUUGAUGUCUCUCCAUCUCCUCUUUCACUUGUUUAUCCUCCUAACUACCGUUCACACACAUUGCCAACGGUCGGAGAAUCAUCAGAGGUUUCUAGUAGCCGUGCUUCAGUGUCCAGUGAUUCAGGAGGGGUCCAUUUAGAUAUACUUGCUUCAAUGGCAGACGCAAGUGGCCAGAUUUCUACAGCCGUAAUGGAGCGUCUUGCUGCUGCUGCUGCAGCUGAGCCCUAUGAAUCUGUUUCGUGCGCUUUUGUUUCAUAUGGAAGUUGUACUAUGGAUUUGGCUGAUGCUUGGAAGUACAGAAGUCGAUUGUGGUACGGUGUUGGACUACCUUCUAAAACUAGUUGUUUUGGUGGUGGUGGAAGUGGUUGGGACUCUUGGAAACAUGCUUUACAAAAAGAUGCUCAGGGAAACUGGAUCGAACUUCCUUUGGUUAAAAAAUCAGUAUCCAUGCUUCAAGCCUUGCUGUUAGAUGAGUCUGGACUUGGAGGUGGCCUAGGAAUUGGUGGAGGAUCUGGUACCGGGAUGGGAGGGAUGUCAGCCCUCUACCAGUUACUGGAUAGUGAUCAGCCUUUCUUAUGCAUGCUUCGAAUGGUACUAUUGUCUUUGAGGGAAGAAGACCAUGGUGAAGAUAGUCUGUUGAUGAAAAAUUUAAGUUCUGAAGAUGGUAUUACUGGUGGAAUUCAGUGCCCCUUAGGAAAUCCUGCCUCAUUAGAUAUCAGUUCUCAGUUGUCUAUGCGACAGUCACCAUCAGCUUUAUUGUGGAGUGUGCUCUCUCCCAUUCUAAACAUGCCAAUAUCUGAUUCAAAGAGGCAGAGAGUAUUGGUUACUACAUGUGUUCUAUAUUCUGAGGUAUGGAAUGCUGUUAGCAAAGACAAAAGACCACUACGUAAGCAGUAUCUAGAGGCUAUUUUACCACCAUUUGUUGCAAUUCUCCGAAGAUGGCGGCCUCUUUUGGCUGGUAUUCAUGAACUUGCCACUGGUGAUGGUUUGAAUCCCCUUGUCGUUGAUACUCGUGCUUUGGCUGCUGAUGCACUUCCCAUUGAGGCGGCUCUCUCUAUGAUUUCUCCGGAGUGGGCAGCUGCUUUUGCAUCGCCUCCUUCUGCAAUGGCACUGGCGAUGAUAGCUGCAGGGGCCGCUGGUUGGGAAGCGCCGGCACCUCCAGCAGCUCCAGCGCCUCCACCUCUUAGGCGAGACACUUCAUUACUUGAGCGUAAGAGUACCAAACUUCAGACCUUUUCAAGCUUCCAGAAACCCUUGGAGGCUCCAAACGUUGAUACACCAGGUCGACCAAGAGAUAAGGCUGCUGCAAAAGCGGCAGCUUUGGCAGCUGCACGCGAUCUUGAAUGGAAUGCCAAGAUUGGUUCUGGGAGAGGUCUUAGUGCUGUUGCAAUGGCCACAUCUGCGGCGCGGAGGAAUAUCAGUGAUAUGGAGCGUUUACAGAGAUGGAAUAUCUCUGAAGCCAUGGGAGUAGCAUGGAUAGAAUGUCUCCAACCAGUGGAUACAAAAUCAGUUUAUGGAAAAGAUUUUAAUGCUUUGUCUUACAAAUUUAUUGCUCUACUUGUUGCAAGCUUUGCCUUUGCACGCAACAUGCAGAGAUCUGAGAUUGACAGGCGUCUGCAAAAUGAUAAAAUAGUGAGAAAUCGCUUGUGCAUGGGAAUCCGUGGUUGGCGCAAACUCGUUCAUCACUUGAUAGAGAUGAGAUGCUUCUUUGGACCCUUCGGGGACCAUUUAUGCAGUCCCAAACACGUUUUCUGGAAACUGGAUUCUAUGGAAAGUUCUUCGAGAAUGAGACAAUGUUUAAGGAGGAAUUACUCUGGUACUGGUCAUCUUGAGACAACAAGAAACUAUGAUGAUCAGACAGACUUGAAGAAUAAGCAGGAUGCACCUGCUCUUGCUGUUGAAGCAAUAUCAAAGGAAAUAAUGUAUGAAGAUAAUGAACAUGGAGAUGCCAAUGAUCUUGAAAUAGAGGGUAAUGUUGGAGAACACAAAGGGGAAAACGAAGAGAGGACGUCUGGCUCACUUGAGGAUGCAAUAACACUGUCAACUGGAAUCAACGAUCAUCGACCUUUGAGUGAACAGAAUAUGGUUAAAAAUUCUACAGAAGUAGAUCUCAGUGAACUAAAAGAAAGGAUUAUCCUUGAAAUUUCCUCUACUAUGGUCCAACCACUAGGGGUUGUGAAAGGAACCUUUCAAAUCACAACACGGAGAAUAAAUUUUAUUGUUGACAUCAGAGAAGACCAAGAUUUGGAUGGUAAGUCAGAUGGUUUAAAAUCAAGAGACAAAGAAAGAGAUCGUAGUUGGCUGAUGUCUUCUCUUCAUCAGAUUUAUAGCCGACGAUAUCUACUGAGGAAGAGUGCUCUUGAACUAUUUAUGGUGGAUCGCUCAAACUACUUCUUUGAUUUUGGGAACACCGAAGGACGAAGAAAUGCCUGCCGUGCUAUUGUUCAAGCUAGGCCUCCUCAUUUGAAAAAUAUUUACUUGGCAACUCAGAAGCCAGAACAAGUUUCGAGAAGAACACAGUUAAUGGAGAGCUGGGCUAGAUGGGAGAUCAGCAAUUUUGAGUACUUAAUGCAGCUCAACACAUUGGCUGGACGUAGUUAUAAUGACAUCACUCAGUAUCCUGUUUUCCCAUGGAUUUUGUGCGACUAUGUUUCAGAAAUUCUGGACCUAUCAAAUCCAUCUAAUUACAGGGAUCUUUCCAAGCCAAUUGGUGCACUGAACCCGGAGCGGCUGAAAAAGUUUCAAGAACAAUACUCUAGCUUUGAAGAUCCAGUCAUCCCCAAAUAUCACUAUGGUUCACAUUACUCAAGUGCUGGAGCAGUGUUGCAUUAUCUAGCUAGAGUCGAACCUUUUACAACCCUUUCGAUUCAACUGCAAGGUCGAAAGUUUGAUCGUGCAGACCAAAUAUUUUCAGACAUUGCAGCCACUUGGAAAGGAGUUCUCCAAGAUAUGAAUAAUGUGAAAGAGUUGGUUCCAGAGUUGUUUUACCUUCCUGAGGUGUUGACCAACGAGAACUUGGUUGAAAAUCUUGAUUCUGUAAAACUUCCUCCUUGGGCUAAAAGCCCGAUUGAUUUUGUACACAAGCAACGAAUGGCUCUUGAGAGCGAGCAUGUAUCUGCACAUUUGCAUGAAUGGAUUGAUCUCAUUUUCGGGUAUAAGCAACGUGGUAAGGAAGCUACACUGGCAAAUAAUGUUUUCUUCUACACUACCUACGAGGGGACUGUUGAUAUUGAUAAGAUCACAGAUCCAGUACAACAACAGGCUACUCAAGACCAGAUAGUUAAUUUCGGGCAAACCCCUUCGCAGCUAUGGACUGUUCCUCACAUCAAAAGAAUGCCUCUAAAAGAUGUCCUUCAUAUGCAGACCAUCUUCCGGAAUCCAAAAGCGAUAAAACCGUAUCCUGUUCCAGCUCCAGAACACUGCAACUUACCUGCUGCAGCCAUCAAGGCAUCUUCGGAUACUGUUGUGAUUGUUGACAUGAAUGUGCCUGCAGCACAUAUUGCACAACACAAGUGGCAACCAAACACUCCUGAUGGCCAAAAUACUCCUUUCAUCUUUCACCACGGAAAGCCGAGUUCAACUGGCGGAACAUUGACACGCAUGUUCAAGAGUGAUUGGGAAUAUCCCCAAGCACAAGCAUUUGCCUCAUUAGGAAUCAGAAGUUCGUCUGUCACUGCUAUCACUAACGAUGGAGAAAUUAUCACUGGCGGACAUGUGGAUAAUAGCAUCAAGAUAGUCUCCUCUGAUGGAGCAAAAACACUAGAAACAGCUUUUGGUCACUGUGCUCCUGUAACAUGUCUGGCUCUGUCUCCAGACAACAACUUCCUUGUGACAGGUUCACGAGAUACAACUGUUUUUUUGUGGAGAUUUCAUAAGGUAUUCACUUCUCAGACAAGCGAGUCUGAGCAGACAACAAGCUCUGUAACAUCUUCCUCCGCAAGCAGCAACAACAUGUCGAACAAAGCCAAAAAGCAUCGCAUUGAAGGGCCCAUACAAGUGCUCCGUGGCCACCAAAGAGAAAUAAGUUGUUGCUGUGUUAGCUCAGAUCAAGGAAUCGUCGUUUCCUGCUCAGAGUCAUCAGAUGUUCUAUUGCAUUCCACAAGAAAAGGUCGACUAAUAAGACGGCUUGUUGGCGUUGAGGCCCAUGCUCUUUGCAUUUCUGCAGAUGGAGUUAUAGUAGUCUGGAGUAGAUCAGAAAGUUGUAUCAGCACGUUCACCAUUAACGGAGUUCUCAUUUCCAAAGCAAGACUUCCUUCCUCUUGUACCAUAAGCUGCAUGGAACUAUCCAUUGACGGACAAAAUGUUGUGAUUGGUGUGAACUCAUUUUCCGACAUUGAUGGAUCGAGGAGUUUUAGUAUCCUUACUGGUGAAGAAGAUUCAUCAAACAGAAGCAAAGAAGUUGAGAGAUUGAAUAUACCAUCUCCUUCAAUUUGCUUCCUCAACUUAUACACUCUUCAGGUGUUUCAUGUGUUGAAGCUUGGUGAAGGGCAGGGUAUAACCGCUAUGGCUCUGAAUACAGACAACACUAACCUCUUAGUUUCCACAGAAGAUAAACAGUUGAUCAUCUUCACCAAUCCAGCUUUAAGCUCGAAGUUGGUGGAUCAGACACUGAAGCCUGGCUCGGAAUGACGAAUGGAUCUAACUGUUUCGAUAAAAUCAACAGCAACUC